UAGUCUAGACCAACCCAACCCUCACCCCCAACCCCCAAUCGCAUCCCCUCGGUAUUCACAACCCACUUUCAUGUCCAAUCCCGAACACCUUCCGGCCGACGCCGACCACCCAACUCCGACCAUAACCCCAUCGGAGCCCGAAGACCCGCCUGCCACACCCGACCCACUUCUGGGAUCCGGAUCUUUCAUCGAUCCAACCAACGGAGCACAUCAGAGCGCCUCAAAGGAACCCCAGAGCGCCUCAAAGGAACCAACGAACCCUGACGAUCUUCUUCAGAAGUAUCCUAGACCCUCAUGGCUGCCUGAUGAUUGGCAAAUGACUUUAAAGAAACGAACUUCUGGAGCCACUGAAGGCACUGUUGACAGGUACUAUAUUGCGCCAUCUGGCCAUCGUCUGCGGUCAAAGAAUGAAGUGUUGACUUUUCUCGAAACAGGGAGCAAGCGAAAGAAGCCAUCAACUCCAACCGCAAGUUCUGAUGACGCUAGCGCUAAGGGUUCUACUCCUACGCCCCAAACUAAAAAAAAGAAGACGACUGCUAGGAAAAAAGUUCAUGCGGCUUUCACAUUUGAUUUCAAGAAUCCGCCAGAAAAAGUUAGUUGGUGCCUGAGCUAUGCAACUGACGAUGUUUGGUCUCCGAGUAUUGGCGACUGGACAAUACCGGUUGCUACUAAGCAAGAGUGGGCUGCUGUUUUCAAUCAUGUAUCUCAAAGUUAGUGAAAUCAAAAGUGGGCUGCUGCUGGUACAAGUAGUUACAAAUAGACUUAGUGAAAUCAAACAGGCAAAGGUUUGGAGUCAUCUUUUUUUUUUUUUUUGGUUGUUUGGAUUGAUAACUAAUUGGUAAAAGGUGAGUUGUUGACUUCAUCCAACAUGGUUGUUUGAUGUUUUUUUUUCA